CCGGAUUCCCAAAGGAAUCUUAAGGCGUCCAAUGGUUCAAAUGAUGAACUUAGCCGUAAGAUGGUUUUGAGAAACCGUUCCCUGAUUAACACUAGAGAGCGAGAUGACGAUCGUGGAUCCUCUGGGGAGCCUCAACAACAUCAUGAAGCUGAAGAGGCAGAGGAGAGUCUCUCUACAUCAGAACAUCUCAAGAAACAGAAGCGCAAACACACAGGGAAGAAAUCUCAUUGCUGCUCUGACUGUGGGAAGAGAUUCACCUCUUCAGCAGACCUCAAAAGACAUCAGAGAAUCCAUACAGGAGAGAAACCUUAUAGCUGUGAUCAAUGUGGAAAGAGUUUUACUGAUCUAAGCAGCCUGAAAAGACACCAGAGAAUUCACACGGGAGAGAAAUCUUAUAGCUGCACUGACUGUGGGAAGAGUUUCAAUGUUCCAAGCAGCCUGAAAACACACCAAAGAAUUCACACGGGAGAGAAACCUUAUAGCUGCACUGACUGUGGGAAGAGUUUCAAUGUUCCAAGCAGCCUGAUUACACACCAAAGAAUUCACACGGGAGAGAAACCUUAUAGCUGUGAUCAAUGUGGGAAGAGUUUUGUUUCAUCUAGCCAGCUGACUGUACACCAGAGACCACACACAGGAGAGAAAUGUUAUAGCUGUGAUCAAUGUGGGAAGAGUUUUGUUUCAUCUAGCAAGCUGACUGCACACCAGAAAACACACACAGGAGAGAAAUUGUAUAGCUGUGAUCAAUGUGGGAAGAGAUACUCUGGUAAAAGAUCUCUGAUUAGACAUCAGAAAAUACAUGAAGGAGUUGUUCCAUGAUAUCAAUAAAAUGUCACAAUGUAGAAUGUUUUAACAUUGUAGUAGGAGUAUCUUAAUGAUGUCACAAUGUAGAACCCUAAAUGUUUGCCCCCUGUUCUAUUGAUUUCAUCAUGAUAUGAAUAUUAGCCUCAUCAGGGGGAAAAUCCAGGCUCUGAAAUGGAAGAAUACUAUUUAUUUGAUAAACAAAAAAGUGAUAAACAAAGUGUUAUGUUAGACUUACCUUGUCGGUGACCCACUUGAAUCAAAAUGGAACACUUCUAAAUACAGCUAGCUGUUUUCUACAAAUCGUCUUCUAACCAGUGAUAUACCCAGAUUCUGUGUGGUUUUUUUUUUAGCUGUUAGUUUUGACAGGACGUGCAAACUUAUCUCGAGCAAAUGAAUUUCAACGAGUGAUGACAAAAAAAGUGUUGCGUUUCUCUUAGUUUUGGGGACCCAGUGUAGCCUACAGUCUUCUGCAAAUGCAAAACAUAAUAAUGUGACUACUGUUGUGUUUUUGUCGUUUCAAUUUGUAAUUUUAGUACAUUUUAUGUUGAAGUUUUCUGCAUAUUGGUUAUUAAUUUGGACAUGUUAAAACUGUGUUUUGACAUUGGGCUCCUCCCACCAAGCAAAAUGUUGUUGAAAAGAUGUUAAAAAUCAGACUAUGCCCGACGUACAAUCUGCGUUUGUUUUGGUUGAAAUUCAAAGUUGAAAAUUUGUGUUUUUGCAGCCUCAUUCAGGCCAAAAGAGUUCAAUCUUGGUUUCAUCAGACCAGAGAGAGAUUUGUUUCAUGUGAUGGAAAUCAUGUUUGUGUUUUUCUAUUUUAACCUGUGUGCUAUUUAUAUUGUAUUUAUAUGCUUUUCUGUAAAGUUUGAGUUUAUUUAUUCUUGCUCACAGAUGAAACUGAAGAAAUGCAGAAUAUGCUAAUAAUUGAAAAACAUAAAACAGCAAGAGUAUUUUAAUGAUGUCACAUUAAAGGGCUCCGGGCAGCCGAGCGGAAAUGGAGGAAAACUCGCCUCCCUGCGGACCUGGCAUCCUUUCACUCCCUCCUCUCUACAUUUUCCUCCUCUGU